GAAGCGUGUGGUUGUACAAUCGGAUCAAUGGUCUGUGCUGAGUGGCUGCGGCGGGGCAGAGUUGGGGAUUUGAACCCUCUGAUCAGCUGCAGAGGUUCACACACUGCUGGACGUCUGGCAGCAGUUUUCACCGGCGAUUUCCAAAGUGCUACAUGGCAAUACCACUCAAGAGAAUCAUGAGGCAACGCUGUGCUCUCAAACACGGAAUACUCAAGGAAUUCCUGGCAGAAUUCCUGGGGACGUUUGUCUUGGUCUUGUUCGGCUGUGGCUCAGUCGCUCAGACCGUCCUCAGUCGGAACACCCUGGGCGAACCUCUCACCGUCCACAUCGGCUUCUCUGUGGGACUGAUGAUGGCAGCGUAUGUGUCCGGGGGAGUGUCAGGGGGCCACGUGAACCCCGCCGUCUCUCUGGCCAUGGUGAUUCUGGGCAAACUGAAGAUUUGGAAAUUUCCCUUCUACGUCAUCGCUCAGUUUCUCGGUGCCUUUGCCGGAGCUGCUGCAGUCUUUGGAUUAUACUAUGAUGCUUUCAUGGACUUCACCAGCGGGAUUCUGUCAGUAACUGGAAUCAAUGCAACAGGCCACAUCUUUGCUUCCUACCCAGCGAGACACCUGUCAGUCCUCGGGGGCUUCAUCGACCAGGUGGUGGGGACAGGGAUGCUGGUUUUGUGUAUCCUCGCCAUCAUCGAUGGUGGGAACAUCGGAGCUCCUAAAGGCGUGGAGCCGCUGGCCAUCGGACUCGUCAUCAUGGCCAUCGGGGUGUCCAUGGGACUGAACUGCGGAUACCCCCUGAACCCCGCCAGAGACCUGGGACCCCGGCUGUUCACGGCCAUGGCUGGAUGGGGGAUGGAGGUUUUUAGCACUGCAGACUACUGGUGGUGGAUCCCUGUGGCGGGGCCCAUGGUCGGGGGAGUGGUCGCGGCCAUCAUCUACUACCUGCUCAUCGAGCUGCACCACCCCCGCGAAGAGCCCGAGAAGCCCCACGAGGAGGAGGAGGAGGAGGAAGACGAGGAGGACGACGACAGCAGUCUGAAGGACAAAUAUGAGAUGAUCACCAUGAGCUAAAGAAAAAAACCACCAGACAGGAACCUCCAGGACUGAGUGUAUUCAGAUUCACCUGCUCUCAGUGUCGGCCAGUCAGACGACAAACACCCAGCACAGCCUCCUCUGUCAGUGUCAGCUCUCUGUGCUCAACCUGUUCAUAGGCUGUAGGUCCACCUCUGAUUGACUUCAUGCUCGGCAGAGACCAGCUUCUCCAGCUCAGCGAUGACAACAUUAAAAACCUGCACAGCUGAAAGCUCACAGUAAAAAUAAAUAAGGAAACUGUUUAGAUUGACAAACUGCUGCUAGAUGCACGCAAUAAAGAUGUGUGGACACUGUUUUAAAAACCAACACUGGACUGUCUCGUCCGCAGUUUAACGUUUUAUGUUUCAUAAACACAUGAAAAUCUCGGUCCUGCUUCACGAUGUUCUGACUUUUCAUCUAUUUGUGUUGUAAAUACUGUAUUAUAAAUAUGAUCCUCUAUUUGAAUGUGCUCAGUUGGAAUAAUAGUUUAAUAUGCAUGCCGGUUUCCUCCUAUUCUUAUUCUUAUUCUUUGUAUUUUACUCCAUGUUGUUUUGUCUACAUUAAAGUUUAUAAAAAUACCAA